AUGUCAGCACCGUGUAACUUCAAGGACCAAAUCACUGGUGAAGUUAGUAUUCCACCCUCAUGGCAGAAAGAAAUCACACGAUGUGAAGAAGGAUCCCAGACGGCCAAUAUUGCCACGGUGGAAGAGGCAGCGCAGACAGACAUCAGUGCACUGCAGGUAGUAAACCGAUUAGACAAACAAGUAGGACACGAAAAGAAACAAAUUCAAGCUACACUCAAUGGUUUACAGUACGUCUACGCUGGAGUUGAAUUUGACGAGGGCAAACUAGCUGCCUUCUUGGAGUCGUCGAAGGAGAAUGUACUUUCCAUGUUGUAUCGAAAUGCGAAGAGCAGUGCUUUUGACAAUUAUGAACCCAACUGGUCCAGCAAGAGCACUGAUAUUACGGCGGUUGCCACUCUGAGUUCUGCGUACGCGGUGGAGGGGGAACUGCACGCACUAACCGUCAGUUGGAACUGCAACGGUACACUUCUCGCGGUUGGCUACGGCCGUGUGGAUACGGUGGGGUGGUGCCACAGCAGCGGACUGGUGAGUAUAUGGAAUUUGUCGCGUCACGAUAUGGAUUUGAACACGCCCCAUCACACGUUAGAGACGGACGCGUUUGUGACGACUGUGGCGUUUCACCCAACGCAGGCGGGUGUUCUUGCGGUGGGUUUAUACAGCGGGGCGGUUGUGGUGUAUACAAAUAUCACAGAUAACAUCCCAACAUCCGUCUCCACAGAGGAGGGAGCGGUCUCGCACAGAGAACCGGUUACAAGUCUGCAAUGGACCCAAAGUAUACAGGAGGUACGAGAGUCCCAUCGGUAUAUUCUCGUCUCUGCAGCACAAGAUGGAUGUGUGUUCUUCUGGACAACGACAAAUAAAUUAGCAGAACCGAUUGCCUCAUUCUCUAUACAGAACAAAAAGGGAAUUACGGUUGGUGUAGAGGCUGCCAGUUUCACACGACCUGGUAUGCUUAGCGGGAUUUCUGUUCCCUCAGCGGACAGUCUAUUUAUUGUCGGUCUUGAGAACGGUGAUGUUGGACGUGCACGGCCUGGUGUACUUGGUACAUUAGCCACACGUGGAACGGAUACAGCUAUAAGUCUUGAUAUAGACUGGCUGGAUGCACAUAGAGGCCCAAUACAGAGCGUUGAUACUUCACCUUUUUUUCACAAUCUAUGUUUAACAUGCUCUUCAGAUGGUAGUGCACAUUUGUAUAAUGUAUUGGAACGAGCCCCACUUGCGACCUUAGAACCUUCAUCAGAAAGCAAACAUUUUAUUUAUGCAGCCCAAUUUAGUCCUUUUAGACCAAGUGUUAUAGCAAUGGUCUCUAGGAGCUCAUUUCUGCACAUUUAUGAUCUUCAGAAAUCGCAAUUGAAACCAAUUGUCUCAUUAGAGGCAGGUGUAGAUGGCGCUCCCGUGAUGUGUGUGGCAUUUAAUCACGUCUCGCCGGAUUGGCUUGUCACCGGUGAUGUGCGUGGUUGUGUGCGUCUUUGGCGUUUGCCGUCUACACUCAUCCAAACAACGGAUUUGGAACGGGCGGCUGUGCGUGGUAGUCGCGGACGUGGAGGCGAUGAUACGGCUGUACGCUCUUUAUUUGGUUUUACACUCUGA